AUGCUCUCUGACAACGAGAGUGAUUUCAACAGAUUUGCUUGUAACGAAUGCAAAAGAAGGCGAAUCAAAUGCGCCCGUGAGCUUCCCGUUUGUGGAGCUUGUCGUACUGCCAAGAGACACUGCUUAUAUGAGCAGCAAAAACGAUCUCCACUAACGAGAAAGCAUUUGACAGAGGUGGAGGAGGAGCUCUCGUUGACCCGACAGAUCUUGACCCGCCAAUAUCCUGAUAUCGACUUGCUGCGGUUGCUUGGGAAACUUCGUAAUGGAGCAAGUAUAGACGAGAUUCCGGAGUUGGCAGAGAUAGCUCGACCAAAGCGUAGACGAGUGGAACGGCUAGAGGUGAGGGAUAACAUGGAGGAAGCUCAAACUCCAAUCAUGAACAUUCUGCUGCUAUUGGGACACUCUGACAAUGUGGAGUCGCAGGAACUGAGAUUCUUGUUUCAGGUCCCCCAAUAUCUUCCACCUACAAUUAAUACCAACAAGGAUGGCUACAAACCAAAAAGCUCAAGCGCAUCCUCACCUCUCUCUAACACAUGUAGCAGCAAGUUCUCAUGGGACGAGCGUCGGUCGAUGCUCGACAGGAAGCUCUCAGUGACAGACGGUAUGGCCACAACUGAGUCAAAUAGCUACUUGGGAGCAACAAGCUCAGCAGCUCUCAUUAACUUGGUAGGAGGCGGGUACUUCCUACACCAGAGCAAACCCAAGCAUCAAGGCUCGGCUUCCCAGGGCUCGCCCUCUUCAGCUUCCAGCAUUGCCUCUAUUCCAAUUCCAUCGAGGCAAAGGAUUGAGCAUUACGUAAACAUGUAUUUCGAGACUUACCAUGUGUCGUAUCCAAUUGUGCACCGUCCCUUGUUCAUAGCACAAAUGAAUGAAGUUGUUGAGGCACCUCCAGGAUGGCGUUCAUUGCUAUAUAUGGUUGCAGCUAUUGGAUCAUUCAUGUCGGCUACUAAUGCUGAAGAUGACGAUGACUUGACGCUUCUUGAUUGUGCAAAGAAAGAACUCUCGAUCGAGGAUUUGGAGACAGGCUCUCUCACUCUCGUACAGACAUUGGCACUCAUCUCGAAUUAUUUACAGAAACGAGAUAGACCGAAUUCCGGAUACAACUACCUCGGCCUCGCUGCUCGAAUGGCUAUGGGCUUAGGUCUUCACAAGGACAUUGCAGAUAACGGCGACCUGUUGCUUAACAAAGAAAUGCGCCGUAGAGUGUGGUGGUGCCUUUAUAUUUUUGAUUGUGGCCUGACAAUCACCUAUGGGAGACCUUUGGGCAUCCCAUGCGCUGGCAUUGAUGCUAAGUUGCCUAUGAACGUGCAAGAUUCCAACCUAACUGCCAUGACCACCAAUACUCCGCGUGAAGAAGAUGGACCAACCAUUUAUACAAGUGUACGUCUUCAAGCGCUAUUUCAUAUCUUCAGCAAUAGUAUCUACGAGCGCAUCAUAAGUGAUCCAUUCCCGCUGGCUGAAGCGCUUUUACAUUGGGACACUGAGUACAUUGGAAGGUACAAGCUGAUUAUUCCAAGCUAUUUUCAGGAAGGACAAAGUGUGCCUUCCAAAUUUAGGCUAGCCCAUGCUGUGAUUCAUUGGCGCUGCAGGAAUCUAAGGACAAUAAUGUAUCGGACUUUCAUGUUGAAACGACUUUUCUCAGAGAAGCACGAACAUGUUAAUGAUUAUGAGGCAAGAGCAGGCGAUAUCUGCCUUCAAGAAUGCAGCGCUACGAUUGAGAGCAUGAACGUGUUUUGGAAUGAGAAGAAGCAAUACAAUAGAAUGGACGCUUGGUAUUCUCUAUAUUUCCUUAUACCAGCCUUGUUGAUGCCACUUGUUUGCCUUCGAAAUGAUCCAGUAUCACCAGAAGCUGGUCGCUGGCGAAACGAAGUAUUCUUAUCGCAGAAAAUCAUAGAUAAGAUUCUGAUGAUUUGCCCCCCAGCAGCAAGAAUAUCGGAGUUCAUAAGUAGCUUAGGUGUUGGGUGUCUGACUCAGCAAGAGCAUAAACCAACAGAAUUCUCCCCAGUGAACGCCGAAAACAUGGCACUUUCUUCAAUAGCAGUUGAUGAGAGCCCAAUGUCCCAACUAAUGCAGCUUCACACUAUGCUUUGGCCAUCCUCGUUUGACAUUGAGCAGCAAUUCUGA